CAAGAGGACGGACGCAGGAAGAAAAAAAAAUCCUCCUUUCAAUUCCAUCACAGAGUGAGGAAGAGGAGGAGGAGCCAGGCAAGAGAGUGAUGCUCCCUCCAGCAGGUGCCAACAAGUGAGAGGUAGCUGAGAGAGCGAGGACGAAGGACAUGGAGAAGAGUCAGUGAGAGGAGAAGACACCGAGACAGAGCUCUGAGAGAAAACCAACAACAGUUAGAGAAAAAAAUCUCCCUGCUGCAGUUUAUUUCUCCUGUCCGUCAUCUCUGCCGCCAUGCUGUUUCCUGUGCUGCUCUGUGCCGCCCUGCUCCUCUUUACACCGCUGGAGAUCACCGAGGCUCGUGCUCUGCACCCUUCUCCUGAUGCUGCCCAGUUCAUGGAGCAGUUUCUGGAGCGCUACAAUGACCUUCUGACUCUGGAUGACCUGGAGAACCUGUUGAACAGCCCGCCAGAGGAGCAGUCCACCCUCUCCUCUGGAGCCAAAGCUGCUGAGUUUCCCAAAUGGGCUGACGCACAAUCACAGGCUGAGACCCCCUGGCUGCGUCUGCUGAAGGGAGCCCUGGCCAAUCAGAAACGAGCAGAGCCUGACCGAUCAAGGAGGGGAUGGAACCGAGGAUGCUUUGGGCUCAAACUGGAUCGAAUCGGGUCCAUGAGUGGACUGGGCUGUUAGUGAGGGGGGAAUGAGGACUGGUUACAUCCUUCUUAGAUUAUCAUAAAGAGGAAAAACACACCUGCAGAGAGGGAUGUUAACAUGUAGAGUGGUGUAAACUUGCAGCAUUGCAAAUGUGGUCUCAUCCAGCGUAGGUUACCAUAGAUCAGACGCUUCACACUGUUGUGGCUGUUGUAACCGAGCAGCUGUAGUUUAUUCCAUGUGUAAACUGAACACUAGAACAUGUGCGCUGUGUUUACAUCAAAACAUUAUCUUUGAUUGUUGGGCUUUACUUUCUUUUUAGUAAAUCAGCACUUUGUGUGUUUCCAGCUUAGUCUGCAUACAGUAAAUGUAGAGCUGUUUAGACAGUUUGUUGCCAUGGGGUGAAAUCAGAACAUGAAGGCACCUGUAGUUCCCACUGUUUGUUUCUGUUUACCUAUGA